GCCGGCACCCGGUGGCCGCUGUCCCCUCGCAAACCCCGCACUGCCGCGGCAAGAGCAAGAGAAGCCGGCCACCCCGCUCUCUCCCUUCCCCGCACCCCAACGCGUGACGUCAGCCCGGCAUGAACCUUGUGAUGAUUGCGGUCUACAUUCCUAGCCCGCUGCCGCCUAUAAGUAGGCCUCCCCGCGGCUGCAGCCCCACGCCCACCGCCAAAGAAGUAGGAGUAGCAGCAAGGACGGGCACGCAGGGACUCGUCGCCGCGCUCCAAGAAGGCGGCGUAUUAUUCCGCCGGCGACCCGGAUCAGGCGGGGAGUCCAGCGACCAAGCGCUCGCCUUCUCCACGCAACCUCGGCGCGUCUCGCCCUUUGGUUCUCUCACCGCUUUUGGUUUUGGGGAGCACGAACAAAGGAUCCGAUAGUUUCAGUGUCAAGCCCGGGCUUCACUGCGCAACCUGAUUGUGGUGUCAUUUGGCUUUCUCUUCUCAUGGAUAACGACCAACCAAGAACUCCAAAGCUUACAGAUAUGACAUCCAGAGGGCUCCACAAGCAUCGGUGUAAAGUCUGCACUAAAAACUUUCAUUCAGGGAGGGCUCUUGGAGGCCACAUGUCGUGCCACCGGCAUGCUGGCAUGCAGCCAAAGGACACGCCUAGCCCUCCUCCCGUUACUGUUGAUCCACCUGUGUCACUUCUGGGUCCUAGUGAUGAGAAGCUUUCUCUGCCAUCUUUGGAAAUGCAAUGCCUGCACCUCUCAAAGGAGUUCUCUACCUGCCAAUCUCUGAGGGGGAGCAUGAGGAUGCACUGUGAGAAGAAGGUGAUGUCCAAGCCCGGCGAAGAACCAGCUGGGCUGAUGGAUGCUUCGGCCAAUGCUAAUGUUGAUCAUGAGUACAACAUGAUGCUGUUCUCUCCAGUGAAGCAUAAGCGAUCAAAGAGGGGGAUACCGGUGCUCGAUUCAGAGGAGAUAUCCGCUGCAGCUGCUCUUCUGAUGCUCGCAGAGUAUUCUGACAAGCCUUCUGCUUAUGAGGAUUGCUAUGGGGGAGAUAACGACGACAACAUUUCAACGCCCAAUUUGUUGAAGGAGGUGAGUCUGAAUGCUUUUAAUCAGCUGGUUAAAUCUGAUGAGGUCAUGAGUAACACGAGGCCUAAGUCUGACAAGAAUUCAGCUUAUGAGGGUUUCUAUGAACUCUCUGAGAAGGAAAACAGUAUGAAUUUGGCUGCUGAUGUUCCCAAGAAGAUUGUGCUAUUUAAUGUGUUUCAUAAUGAGCUGGUGGAUGGAGAUGCUGAGUUCAUGAAGCUGGAGGCUGACAUUUCAGUUGAGAAUGUGAAGUCUGGUAGCCUAUCAGUUGCAGUGAACGACAAGAGAUACCAAUGCAAGGUCUGUGGAAAGUUAUUAAGGUCAGGUUACACAUUUGGUUGCCACAUGAGGUUGCACUGUGACAAGGAAAACAGUAAGAACUUGGUUGCUGAUGUUCCCAGGGAGGUGCUGCUGAAUGUGUUUGGUAAUGGAAUGAAUGUUGAUGCUGAAUCCAUGAAGCCAGGGGCUGAUAACUCUGUUGAGGACUUGAACUUUGGUGACCUUUCGGCUGCAGUGAACAUCAAAAGGUACCAGUGCAAGGUCUGUGGAAAGUUAUUAAGGUCAGGGCGGGCAUUGGGAGGCCACAUGACGUUACACCUACACCGUCGCAAGGAGAACACUUUCAAUUUGGUUGCUGAUGUUCCCAAGACGGAGUUGCUUCUGAAUGUGUUUAAUCAUGGGCUGGAUGGAGAUGCUGAGUUCAUGAAGCCAGGGGCUGACAUUUCAAUUGAGUUGAAGUCCAGUGACCUCUCAGCUGCAGUUAACGUCAAGAGACAUCAGUGCAAGGUCUGUGGGAAGUUAUUAGGAUCAGGGCACGCUUUGGGAGGACACAUGAUUUUACACUACGUCCGGAAGUGCAAUCUUCACCAAGGGGUUGCUGACUGUCCUCCUGCUAUGGUGGAAGAGAAAAUGCAGAAGCCUGAAUUGGACUGUCCCAUCUUUUAUGGACGGAGGCCACGUUCACAUGAGAGAGAAAUCUGACUUUGAGCCUUCGUUUGGAGCGAGCAGCCUUCCGCAGGCUGUGGCCAAAGCUGGUUCCACAUGACCAAAACUGAUAGCGAUUCAGUUGUUCAUAGGCUCGUUGGUAGUCAGGAAACGAAAGAACUCCAUUUCAUCUGCUGUAAUCUGUAGAUAGUGAUGAGAUUUUGAUACCGGCACUUUCCUGAGCAAUAAAUUUUGCUGGAUGGUGAAGGCAAGGAUCUUAAGUCACUCCUUGGUUGCGAAACAGUGUAGAAGUAUGCAUAAUGCAUGGCAAUGCAAUGUGUGGGCUUGUGAUUGUUCUGAAGCUCCCCAGACAGUUUUGCUUGGCUGCACACUGUUAUUCUUCUGUACAUACCUAUACAUAGCAUAUUCUUGAGAUAGUAGUUCAAUAAAGAGAUGCGGAUUAGCAUUUGUGCAAUCUUCCUGUCCUUUAGUCAGUUUGCUUUUGGAUGUAAUACCAAGUCAACAUUCAGGCUGUUUGAGUGUUCUGUUUGUAUUUGGCUCUGCCGUUCUGGUUGUUCUGCACGCUGCUUCCGAGUUGUGUUUGGC